AUCCCAGAAUGAUGUGCUCACAACCUAGAGUGAUCUCUGGGAUGUUUCCUGAGAGCAGUCAAACUGACCCCCGUGUUUACAAUUAGACCCAGGAAAACACCUUUUGUCGCUCCUCUGACACUAGGUACAAGACUUUGAAAGCUGCCAUUGCUCGUAGAGAGGUCUGCCAUCCUUUGGGUUACCUUCCGUGCUCAGUAUUUACUUGUUUUCAACAAGUUACAAUCAGGAAAAGGGAUGGCUUCACUGAUAAUCCAGUCUAGAACUCUACUGAGAAAGGAAGGUAGCCUGCGGCCCAGAAAUCAGAUUGUGGGUUUGUUGGACUCUCAGCAACGUAAACAGGGGAAUGGAUUUUUCCAAAACAGUAAAUUUAAAUGGCACUGUUUAAGCUUCCCCUGAUGUUGUUGGGUUGGCAGUUGAAGCAGAUGGUCCUGAGUGCUCCUGUAGAGACCUCACUGUUUAAAUAUGCCUUUGUGCCUCAUUUCAUCUCUUUUCAAAUGGAAUUUCCCUGCAGUCAUUGCCAAGGGAAUGACUCCGCCACAAAGGAUCCUCUUUCCCCCAGAGAAGAUUUGCAUGGUCUGGCAGCAAAGACAGAGUGCUGGAGCAGGACUCCUCAAUGUGGGCAACACAUGCUUCCUUAAUGCUGUCCUGCAAUGCCUGACAUACACCCCGCCGCUGGCCAACUAUCUGCUCUCCCGGGAGCACAGCCAGGCCUGUCGCCAACAAGGCUUCUGCAUGAUGUGCAUCAUGGAAGCGCAUGUUAACAAGGUCCUGCGUUCAGUCAGUGCCAUCCUGCCUUGGGCUGUUCUCAGGGCUUUCAGAUUCAUAGGAGAACAUUUUCAGCUUGGCAGGGAGGAAGAUGCCCAUGACUUCUUAUGCUGUACUGUCAAUGCCAUGCAGAGAGCUUGUCUGAGUGCAAGCAACGACUUGGACAUAUCAUCUCAAUCUACUACCAUUGUCCAUCAAAUAUUUGGAGGCUUUCUGAGAUCCAGAGUCAUCUGCUUCAGCUGCAAAGCCAUUUCUGAUUCCUAUGAGGCCUUCCUGGAUGUCCCCUUGGAUAUCAAAGCAGCCUCAUCCCUCACUGCAGCUCUGGAGGACUUUGUAACACCGGAGCACCUGGAUGGGGAAAACUGCUUUAAAUGUAGCAAGUGUGAGAAGAAUGUUGCCGCCACUAAGAGGUUCACUGUCCACUGUGCACCCAAGGUUCUCACUGUGUGUCUGAAGAGGUUUGACUGCUUCACUGGUGGCAAGAUCAGCAAGGUUGUAGAGUAUCCGGAGUACUUGGAUCUUCGCCCAUACAUGUCUCAGGCAGAUGGAGAAGCACUCCUCUACUCCUUAUAUGCUGUCCUGGUGCACAGUGGUGUCAGCUGUCAUGGAGGACACUAUUUCUGCUACACAAAGGCCAGCAAUGGAUUGUGGUACCGGAUGGACGAUGAAUCUGUGCAGCUGUGUUCCAUUGACACAGUUCUCAGGCAGCAAGCCUACCUGCUGUUCUAUGCCAGGUAA